AUGGGCCUGUUUCAUCCUCUAAGCUGUACGAUAGAUGUGGAAGUAGGAAGGCAGUAUGAGUUCAAGGUGAAAAACAUCAAGAAGAAAAAAGUCCACAUCGUGGUGUCUGUAGAUGGUGUGAAGGUGACCUUGAGGAAAAAGAAAAAAAAGAAGGAGUGGAUGUGGGAUGAGAGCAAGAUGCUGGUGAUGCAGGAUCCCAUUUACAGGAUAUUCUAUGUGUCUCAUGACUCCCAGGAUCUGAAGAUUUUCAGCUACAUCGCCAGAGACGGACAGAGUAAUGUCUUCCGCUGUAACGUUUUCAAGUCCAAGAAGAAGAGUCAGGCCAUGCGUAUUGUUCGGACGGUCGGCCAGGCGUUUGAGGUCUGUCAUAAACUGAGUCUGCAGCACACGCAGCAGAACGCAGAUGGACAGGAGGACUGCCACAGCGAAAAGAGCAGCAACGACUCCUCCGUCACAGGCGUGCGUGCUUAUCCACCUGUAUGUGUGUGCACUUUCCUUGGCUCAGCUCGGGAGCUAGCUGGCACAGAGAAGACACUGACCGUUGCCCAUGAGACAGACAUUGAUGCAGAGGAGGGGAGCCAUGCGCCGGCAGCAGAGGAGUCGAACCUCAAUAGAGGAGUGACUGAUCUAGAUGCCACAGCCAAGACACCCAGUCUGGACCACACAGAGGACAAGGCUUCAGAGGAGGCGUCUCUGCUGAUGUCCAGCCCCAGGAUGCUGCUCCCUGCAUCGAGCACGCUCCCACCAGCCGCUCCCCUCUCUGUGCACCACCAGAUCCAACUGCUCCAGCAGCAGCUCCAGCAGCAACAGCAGCAGACACAAGUGGCUGGGGCACAAGUCCACCUGUUGAAGGACCAGCUGAGUGCAGAGGCCACGGCUCGGCUGGAGGCCCAGGCUCGAGUCCAUCAGCUGCUGCUGCAGAACAAAGACCUGCUGCAGCACAUCUCCCUGCUGGUUAAACAGAUCCAGGAGCUGGAGACCAAGAUGUCUGGACCAAACUCAAUGGGAUCCCAGGACAGUUUGUUGGAGAUCACCUUCCGGUCUACAGUACCUCCAGUGAUCUGUGACCCCACGACCCCUAAACCUGAGGUGUCAGCCCUCAGCCUGGCGGCACUGGGCACCAGUGAUGGGACCAGCAACCCCUUCUCAUCCUCCAAAGGGGCCCUGGGAAGCCCCCUAGUUGAUCAAAGUAUGUUUGAGAACUCCAUUGCCCGGCAGCAGAGUCCACAGACCUCCAGGCCAGGCCAGUCCUCUGCUCGACGCUCCCCAGCAUCGGCUCAUCUUAACCUGGGGUCCAGCGCUGGUGACUCUUCUUCCUCUGGAGGCCAGCAGAGGCUGAAAAAUGCCAUUAACCUGGGAAAGGCUGUCGGAGCGAAGGUCAAUGACUUGUUACGACGAAAGGAGCCCAGCCACCUCGGGGACGUUGGGGUCACUGAGGUCAACAAAAACUUUGGUGCCGUGUGGAGCUGCAUGGACCAGUUCAACCAGACCACUGUCAACAGUCACAUCUCCUCCUUCGACUCCUUCCCUCGGCUGGACCCACCACCCCUCAGGGAAGCAGCGCGAGCGCUGAAGACCACCCAGGACAUGAUGAUCUCUUCUGACCCUGUGGUCUCCUCUCCGGACACUGCAGACUCUUCUUCCUUCCUCUCCACCCCUGAAAAAACACCCCCCAUCACAACGAAGGAGCUGAGGAGCAGCGAGGAGCAGCAGCAGAGUGAGAAGGGGGAGGACAGGUCAGCGGAUACCACAUCGCCACUGGGCGACACAGAGAAGAAAGUUGCUGCCGAGACGACGAAGGCAGGGAGCAACGGCAUGGUGGAUGGAGUGAAAGAUAGAGAAGAAGAUGAUAUGGAGGACAGGAGCAGUGAAGGAGGUGCAGAGGAACAUCAGGCCCAGCUCCAGCUCUCUGUACCAGACCUCAUCAACAAAGACCCCCCUCUGCCAGAGUCCAGAGCCAAGCCCUGCGACAUCUGGCAGAACGCGUCAGGGCCGGACUCCCGGCUCGCCUCCACUCCAUGCUCAGGCAAAACGCCGUGCCGCAUCAGCCUUGGGGAGGAGGUCCUGCUGGGAAAUGGUGCCCCCUGCAGUAAAGGCACUGCAGUGAGCACUGAAGACGCGGAGCCUCACCCAGACCUGCUGUCCUUUGAUUAACGAGCAGAACCAGAGACGUGGAUCGGUUCACUCUGAUUCCAAAAAGUUUGGAACACUUUCUAAAUUCUACUCAACAGCCUCGAGAGGUCAAUCAAACAGACUGCAAUAAGUACUACCAAUCAAAUAUUCACUUUUUAAACACAUAACUUGCCCUGCUUCAGGCGUUGCUUUGGGAAAAGGGAACGAGUGCUUCAGGAGGCAGGGUAGGGGCUGCAAGGGUUGCUUUUUAACUUUUUUAGCAACUUUUUACAAGUAGGACAACUUUAAAGAUAUAAUAAUAAAGCCCGGCCCUUGACACGGCUGAUCCAGGGUCAGUCAGACACGACAAGCUUCUAAUGACUGAAAACAAAGUCAAUCAGUAGGUACAUUAUUGUGCAGUGCCGGCUCAAACCCUAAGAUAUGAUCAUCUUAACACAGUGUAUUUCAUCUUUUAACUCUUAAAACAUUUUAAUAACAGUAAUGUAGAAUCUACCAGACAAUUUAAUAAUGAAUGUAAGUAGUGUAGUGAAAUCUCCCUUUAAGUGGAAGGAAACUGAUAAAUCCUGUUAAUGAAAACAACUUUAUACUGAAAUCACUUUUUCCUGUCAGUGUAAAGUAUUAUUAGUUUGUCUUAUAGCGUUGUCUGACAGUGUUAUAUUGUACAUCCAGCCAUUCACUACAAGACCAUUUUUGAUCCAUGUAAAGGCACGUGCCAUUACAUGUUAGUUAUAUAUUCAUGUUGCAUAAAAGCUGCUUCUAGUGAAAACUGCAACUAAUAUGACAGCUAGAGUUGCUGUAAAUCAUCAUAUAAUUUUCAUCCUGUAUACUUACAGCAGCCACUGGGAUUUUUAUCGGUUUAUUCUAAUUUUCAGUGGCAGUUGCUUGAAGUGCAUUUUCAGGAGGACACAAAGUAAAGGAGAGGGAGAAGCUGAAUGAAUGUGGAUGUGUUAGAGGAAGCAAGGUUUGGAAGGAGUUCAUUUUCAGUUCAGUCAGUACAAAAUGUCAAGCAGCAGUUUCUAUCGGAGUCUGAGCAGGACUGGAUGGUUUUCAGUCCAACUGGAGGCUGGAGUUGCAGCAGCACUGCAGCAGAACUUGUCCCCUCCUACGCUGGACAUUGGCUCAGACUGUGACCCUGAUAUGACCUUUUUAAAGCCGGACGUCUCAGCAGGCAAGAAUAUUGAUCAUUUACCCGGUUUCCUUUUUGUAUGGAUUUUAAAUAAGUCAGGGAGGACGACCAGGUGGUUCAGGGGGUUGGCACUCUCACCUCGCAGUGAGAUGAUUCUGGGUUCCGCCUGGAUCCGGCGGUUGGCUGCUGACAAAACCCAUCUUCCUGAAUUGGCAAACCUGAAAAUGAAUUGUUAUUACAGCCCCAAAUCCUGACAGAGUGGAGCCAGGCGGGCAGAUGGACAGACAGGCAGUUAAAAGCUCAGCGAGAGAAGAUAAUGAGCUGUCAACAGAGAGAGACGACAGAGGUGAAUUUUCUUCAAGCAGAUCAUGAAAUAACAAACCAAAGGCAGAAAUGAGGUUCAAACAGGUUUGUGUCCUUAUGAUUUUAGAGCUCUCUGAGUGAAAAGAAAAGCAGUAAUUCAAACAGAAGAGGCUCCUUUUGUUCUCACUUCAUCUACUAAUGAAAACCUGAAAACCAAAGUCAGUGUAUGUAUAACAUUUUAAUAGCAAUUCACAUACUUUUUCCAGACUUUUCUGGCUUACCAGAGAGAGACUGAGUCAUGUGUUCAGCUGGUUAAAGGUGGGAAUAGUACAUUAGAGGAUCUUCAGCUCUUCAUCAGUGUGUUGCUGUAGAAGAAGCAGGACCAAGCUGCACCAGUUGUUUUAGCACAAUCACAGUGGAAAUAUGUAGUUCCUGUAAUAUUAUUAUCAGAGAAUCUUGUGUAGGUCAGUAUGACUGCCGUAUUGAGACACAUGGAACUUUUCCCAGAAGCUAAAAAUGACCAGCAGCCUCCGUGAGUGACCGCUGUGACCUCGCAGGGAUUUCCUGACCUCAGAAAACUGCAACAAAGUCCCAGAAGUCAGCCAGAAGAACACAGAGGCAGCUGUGGUCAGGUUGUGCCCAGCAGAUUGAGAGGAAUGUGGAGCUGUUAGAGAAAGAACGCUUUGUCCUUUUCCUGUGUCUCAGACUUACAAACUACAAGGGUCCUGGACAAUUCUUUCAUUUUAAAGCUGCGGCAAAACAGCUCAUGUCCCUCAGAGGCCACGCCAUUACAGAGUUAGUUCACCCGAAAUACAACUGACAUGCCCCAGAGGUUUGUGUGGACGGUUUUUCAUAAUAACAACAAAAAAGCUUUUGCAAUGGAACACCUGUGAAAACACAUGCUGCUGCUAAGUUUUUCAAAUGUAAUUUUUCUGUUCUCUGCAGUGCAAACAACAUUGUACUGGAAGUGCAGGUGUUGCAUGAGAUCUCGCCAGAACAAACUAUUUGCAUGUCUAGAUAACACAGAAGUGGGGGUAGUUGUUUUUUUAGAUUAGAGUUGGGUGAACUGACCCUCUAACAUCAAGGGAAAUAGUAUAUAAGAAUGUGCACAGAGAGAUCACAAAGAGCAAACACUUCCAACACUUGGAGCAGUAGAAAUAUGACCAAAAUUUUAUCAGUCAUGCAAAUUUUUUUUUGUUUUGUUUUUGUUGUCUCAUAAUUAAUUUAAUGUGGAUGCCUCAAAGUCCAUGAAAACCUGGUUUCUAAUUCUUUUUGUAUUUCUUUAUAACAUCAAACACUUAAAACUAAAUGUGUAACAAUCACAGCUGGAGUUUGGGGAAUACAGCUCCCUGAACAUUCAGACAUUCAGCUCCUCUGCCUGAUCAGCACCGUUUGGGUCUAGAUCAUGUUUGACUGACAGAGCUGGCAAGAGAAGGAAAGCAAAACCCAAUUACAGCUUUCACCACAUUUUGUUGAUAGAUCCUGAUCGGUGACCCAGUGAGAAUAGCACAGACUCGCGUCCGAUCAUCACGACUGUCUGAUCUUUAGAAGAAAAUGUUGUGUGGAACUAUGUCACAUACACUCAAGAAGAUGAGGAAACAAAAAACUGUACCUUGUGACCUUUCUGUCAUCUGAUUCUCAGAUUUUGGUGACACUGAGGUUGUUUUCAAGAGCCAGGUGUUGAAGCCAGUUUGUCUCUCAGCUCAGAGGGAACUGCUACACACCUGGAUAAAGCAGGUGUCAGAGAGGCUUUGACCUGAACACACACACAUGACCAGACUGAGAUCAGCUGCUCAGAUUCAGUCAGAAGGUGAAAGAAAUACGACGGCAAAGGCGUCAGACUCGUCUGAUGUUAAAUAGAUUCUUGUGUUUUCUGAUGAAGGAACUAUUUUGGAAGUUUUAUAGAAAUUUUCUGUCGCUCUUUGUCCAAUGUCUGUGAAUAUGCAAAUUGCUUUUUACUGUAACAAAUGAAGGAAAAUGAUUUAUUUUGAUAUUCAAUUACAGAAUCUAGUUAUGGUGAUCUUUGUUACGUAGCUGCCUCAGAAUUCGAUAAAAGAAAAAAAAUCUCACUUUCUAUUUUUUAUGUUAAAUCUUUUAUGCUUUUGUAAAGCUGAUCAAAAUCAUUUAAGCUGCACAUGAAAAGCUUUUGGACACCAAUGCACAAACGGACCACUAAAGCAAGCUGGGACUUUGAAUUGAUCUAUCUAUAAACCUUUGCAAUGUAAAAGAUUUUUUAUGUAAUGAAGAUAUGCUACAAAAAUCUAAAUGAAUCAGUGAUUUUGCCUUUUAUUCUACUACCAUAUCUUUUCUUAAGGGGGAAUGUAAUAACUCCUAUAAUCUUGGAAAACAUCUGGAAAUAGACCUAAUCAUGACCUUGUUUUGUGUUGUGUUUUUAAAGAUAAAUGCGAUUUGUUUUCUCCCUGUAGAAAAAGCCUGUCUGCAUUUCUUCUGGGCAUAUCCUGUCUGUUAUGUCUCUCCGUCUGCCUCCCACUCAGCCCUGCCAGCACACUUCCUGUUGAGAUGGAGCUGAUGUCCUUGUCAGUUUUAGUAG